UGCUAAUUGGAGGCUUAGCGCAGCGAAUCUCAGGGACUGCACUUCAGGCCAUGGGAUCCACAGCGCUAAGCCUCAUAUUAGCUUUGUGAAAGAAGAGUCGGGAUCAGCAUGGCUCUCCUGCACGCUAAAGGUCAUAUAGAUCUAAAGAAUUUGGGAUCAUUGUGGUCCAAAACCUGGGAGCGUGAAACAACAGGAUCAUGCCCCCAUGCCUUUCACCUGGAAUCAAUACUUAUAAUACACUGGUGCCCACCUUAAAGGGAGAACAGUUUGUCCAAGGGGACAUGGAUCUCACAUGGCAAGAAAUUCUUUCUAUCAAUGAACUUCAGGAUCUCGAUGUUCAUUGUGAUUCUACAUACAACAGUAAUGGCUAUGGAACUGUGGCUCCCAUACUGAUGUCAGGUUAUGGAAGUGGUAAUGUCCCAGAAGGCAUGACACAAAUGCAAAAUCAGAAUAUUCCUUUGUAUGAACGAUCUUACUCAAACCCAAUACAUACUCAACCACAGAAAAUGAACACAGCUUCAUCAUAUGGCCCUACUGCUUACACAGGUAUGCUUAUUUCAUCAAGCAUGAAUCAAAUGGCAACCAUAAACAAUUCUGCACUUAAAACUGUACAUUGGGGUGGAUUACCAAGUAUAUCUUUAAUUGACCAUUUAAAUGUGCCUAAUAUGGGAAAAUCUAAUGUUAACCCUCACAAGAAUCAAGAAGAUUUUGAAUCAGACUCUGGCUUGUCUUUGAAUUUUAGUGAUGGUGAAUCUAUGGAGAUGGAAAAUAUUGAAUCACAGAGACUGCACUCAGAGUAUAUACAAAUGCUCCCCCCUUUGGCAUACCAAGGCCAGUAUUUGACAUCUACUACAGAACCUGUUACAGGCCACGACCUCACUAAUGCAUAUGUUACUUCUGAAACUCCAGACUUGUUAUGCAAUAGGGAUGAAAGAAGGGCAGCUGCUAUGAAUAUUCCCUUUCCCAUAGAAAGAAUUGUAAAUCUACCUGUAGAGGAUUUUAAUGAGCUCCUCACUAGUUACUCAUUGACUGAAGCACAGCUAGGACUGGUCAGAGAUAUCCGCAGGAGAGGUAAAAACAAAGUGGCUGCACAAAAUUGCCGCAAACGUAAGAUGGAAACCAUUACCAGCUUGGAAAGGGAGAUAGGACACUUACAGAUAGAACGUGAAGUUCUAAGGAAAGAACAAGCGGAGGUCCAAAGGUUGAUGGGAGAUCUGAAGAGAGAUAUGAGAUUACUCCAGGAAGAGGUGUCCAUCAUCUUACAGGAUCAAGGAACACACCAGUAUCAGUCUGAUGACGUUUUGCUUAAACAAACAGAUAAUGGAUUUUUUGACUUGCAAACCAAAGAGUUAGAGCACCUUAACUGACUACUUACUCCAUGCAGAUGAAUCCUAAUUAUGUUCCAGUAAAAUAUGCAUUCUCUGAAUACAAGUCCAAUGCUACAUGACAGUACAAGCUUCUUCAGCUUUAUCAGAUAUUAGAUGCACUAAGUGGACUUAUAUAUGACAAAUAUAUCUGUAAAUAAAUAUGAUUUCCAUUCUAAUAAACAAACACGUUGAUUUA